UGGCAGGCGUGUUUGUGUUUAGAAAAAUAAUUAAAAAAAUGUUUUAAUCUUGAAAUUUGAAUUUGAAAGGUAGGUUAUGUAAAAUCUAUAUCUUUAGGUCUUAUUUUCCUUGAAGAUUGAGUGCUAGAACCUACCCUGCAAGUCAUGGUUAGGAUAAUAUUCUUACACCCCGAUCUUGGCAUUGGAGGAGCGGAGCGUCUAGUGCUUGAUGCGGCUUUAGCUUUUAAAUCAAAAGGUCAUGAUGUUGCAUUCUACACGAAUCAUCACGAUACUUCACAUUGUUUCGCAGAAACCAGGAAUGGUACUUUCCCAGUUACAGUAAUUGGAGACUGGAUACCUCGAUCUAUAUUCGGAAAAUUCAAGGCAGCCUGCGCGUAUGCGCGAAUGGUCUAUGCAGCUAUAUAUUUGGCUUGGUAUGUUAUUCCAGUUGAAGAGCCAACAUUAAUAUUUUGCGAUCUUAUAUCUCUCUGCAUUCCAUUUUUGAAGUUGGCAAGAGGACCAUUCAGGGUUGUUUUUUAUUGUCACCAUCCAGAUAAAUUGCUUACAUCAGAAGGAGGCUUUUUGAAAAAGAUAUAUAGGGCUCCACUGAACUGGUUAGAAGAAUUGACUACAGCACAUGCUGAUAAAGUAUUAGUCAACAGUAAAUACACUGCUAGAGUAUAUCAGGAUGCAUUCCAGAAAAUAAAAGAUGUCCCUGACAUUUGUUACCCUUCAAUCAAUACAGAGUUUUUCAGAAAUGCUGCACCAAAACCUCUUAAAGAAAUUGUGCCAGUUGGAACUGAUAAAUUUAUUUUCCUCUCCAUUAAUAGAUAUGAAAGGAAGAAAAAUUUACAGCUUGCCUUAAGAGCAUUAGAAAAUUUAAAGAGUAAAAUAACUUCUGAGGAUUAUAAUAGAGUCCAUUUAAUUAUGGCAGGUGGUUUUGACCCUAUAAAUUUGGAAAACAUGGAGCAUUACAUGGAACUUACAGAUUUAUGUGUAGAGCUGGGUAUUGAUGAUAAGGUAACAUUUAUGAAGUCGCCAAAAGAUAUUGAAAAAGUAUCAUUAUUGUACAAUUGUAAUGCUCUCAUUUACACACCAUCAAAUGAACAUUUUGGAAUUGUGCCACUUGAAGCCAUGUACUACAGUAAGCCAGUUAUAGCUGUUAACAGCGGUGGGCCUACAGAAACUAUAGUCAACAAUGUUACAGGUUUCUUGUGUGAAGCAAAUGCAGAUGAAUUUUCUGCUGCUAUGUCCAAGCUUAUUCUCAACCCCGACAUGGGCCAUAGAUUGGGUGAAGCUGGCAGAAAGAGGUUUGACACAAAGUUUUCAUUUGAUGCAUUCGCUGAACAGUUAGAUGGCAUAUUGAACAGAGAAAGGCAAAUAAUUUUUGAGGCACAAGUGAUUGAAAUUGUGCCGAAAAAGAAAAAAUAGCACAGAGCUGACACUCCUACAAUAAGUGAUAUUGUAUAGAGUGUUCUUUAACAUGAAAGUGAAUUGCAUUCAAAUUUUCAACUAAAUUUGAUCUCAAAUUAUAACCUGUGUUUCAUAAAUAAUUUCCUUUAGUGUAGUAUAAAUUUAUAUUCCCAUUUUAACUCCAUUUUCAAAAGUAAAACCUUCUUCUUCAAUACAGCUUCAUGCUGCAUGUCAAGUCUAAAAUAAGUUUAAAUUUGCUAAUCAAAUAAUAAUUUUGUUUUUCUGAUAAAUCAAUAAUAUACAUGAUAUCAUUUUGACUCUUUUCUUAUGUUUAUUAAACUUGCAAAAUUUUUGUGAGUA